AGAGCGCGAGCGCGUUCAGUCGCGUACCGUACGUUACACCGCACGCAUGUUUCUAGAUCUUCUUUCAUAUUUCAAUUGUCUUAGACGAAGGAAAUUGCCGCGAUGAACCGUGCAACCGUGUUUUUUGUUCUAGUCAGCUUAAGCAUAACGUGGGGGGAGAUGGGGACGUGUGGGAACUGUGCGAAAGGGGACCUAAGUAUCACUGAACUAACGGAGGCCAGGAUCCAGUUCAUCAAGCAGCAGAUUCUCAAGAAACUGAGGCUAAAUAAGAAGCCAGCUGUGGCUGUGCCGGUGAAUAGUCUGCCGAUGCCGGUUGCCCAAGGGCAGACGUUAAGUCAUGGUACAGAUAAACCACCAGAAUUUGACGAUUAUUAUGGAAGAACUGAGCAGAAGAUUAUAUUUCCAGUUGAAGGGGAGUGUCUUACUUCCGGCCGAUAUCCGUUCACCUGCUUACAAUUCGAACUUCCGCCGGAUGUGGAACCAGAAGAAGUGACUGUUGUUGAACUAUGGUUUUAUAAGGAGCGUGACCCCUUCGACGAAUACAACCAGACUUUUGUAAUAUCGGAGGCAGCUCAUUGGGAUAGCCAGCAGCAAUUCAAAAAGACGAAGCCAAUCGCCAUCAAAGAGACGGAUAUUGGUGAGGGCUGGGUGCGUGUGGAACUGGCGUGGGCUGUCAGGGUCUGGUUGGAGGGCAGAGAGAGGCUUCAUACAUUGCAUGUUGCGUGCAGAACUUGUCAGUUGCGCCGAGCACCGCUCUCCUUCCACGAGAAACACCGUCCAUUCUUAGUUCUAUACACUAAAUACGCUGGUAAGCGACGCCAGGGGCGCGCACUAGAGUGUGGGUCUAAUACCAAUGAGUGUUGCCGAGAGCCCCUAUACGUCAGCUUUCGGGAACUGGGUUGGGAUGAUUGGAUCAUACGUCCAGCUGGAUACCACGCUUACUUCUGCAAAGGCUCGUGUUUACCAAUUUCUGCUGUAACUAAAGCGGAUAGUUAUCAUCAUAAUAUUAUUAGGAAAUACUUCUAUUCAGUAUCGAACGAUAAAAAGGCAGAGUUCAAGCCGUGCUGUGCCCCAACAACGUUUAGUUCGUUACAAUUACUCUACAUGGAUUCCAAUAACACUGUGACACAAAAGACUCUUCCUAAUAUGGUGGUAGAAUCUUGUGGGUGUAUGUGAUACUCAAAAUGUCCACGUAAAGUAACUAUCGUUUAUUUAAAAAUACUCAAUCAACACAUCAUCAUUCAUACGGAUGACUCCAGUCUUUAGAAAGGUUGUACUUAUGCCCGACGUUAUGAAAGGCCUAGGUCUGGUCACGGUGCACUUUAUAUUGGUAUGCACAUGGUGUCCCUCAGGGUCCCGAAUGUUGCCAUUUUGUUAACACGAAAAAUCUGGGAAAGGACAGAUCGCGUGGUCCAUGUAACAUAGUUGUUUUAAAUGUAAAAUUGUGCAUGAAUGUGAGUCCUGCUUAGGUUAACUAGAAUGAAGUGUAAGUUAUUGUAAUUUAGGUUUUGAAUGGUUUAACUAGUUAAUUUAAUAUCGUUUAGGAAAACUAUGUGAUGUAGUGAUACUUAGAAAAUAUUUCGCUAAAUAUUUUAUUUAUAAUAAUUGAAAGAUUUGAAUACACACAACAUUUUUGCUUACGGUUUCUCAUACCUGUUAUCUUCAAAUAGUAAUAGUACAUUUAUAUAUUAUGCAGAAGUGUUAGCAUAGUGCCUAGACGUGUGCUUUCAACUCUGAGAUCUUGCAUUCCGACUCUGGAAUUAUAACUUAACUUAAGUCUCUACUUGCGAUGUCGUCUGUCAGGUAAAUAUUUCUUUAGAUAUAAAUUUAACCUUGACUUAGUUAUAUCAACGCAAUUUGAUUUAUCGCAUACGUGAGUAAGUUAAUCUGUCAAAAGUUAUUAUUUAUCUACUUAAAAUGUUUAUUUAAAAUAUCAUAUAUGAUAUCACACCGAGAUAUCAAUCCAAUAUACAAGUUCUUAUAAAUCACCUAUAGACUCAGUCGAGAUUUGUGACAUUCGUAUGUCAAAAAUGUCAUUCUCUUAGCAGCUCAUAUUCUGUAGGCGCGUAUAUGUAAACUGAAACUUUGUUAUUAUUAUGAUGAUCCAAUAAGUCCACCGAAGCUUGUGCGUUAUUGUUUUGGAAACUGGUGAUCUUCAAUUGAUGUUCAUAAGUAAAUAGAUAAUAUUUGGUUUGAUUUGACAAGUUACAUAUAUUUCGUCAAGUCAUUUAAAUCGACGAAUUAUGGAUUUAAUAUGUGAAUUUUGAUAAUAAUCUAUAUUAAAAUGGCACAGAUAACGUGGAGUUGUAUAUUUACUAAGGAAACAUGAAACAUCUUUGCGUGACAAAUCGUGGUAAAAUAUUUCAGAAUCGUGAAAUGUUAUGAAAUCUAUAUAUCAGAUAUGACGUUGUGAUGUUGGGUGACGAUUUAUUUCAAAUUUGGACAGGAAGUAUUUUAUCUAUAUAUAAUCUAAUAGAACCUAACUUAAUAAAUGUAGGUACUCUUCCUAAAAAAUAAAAUAUUGGUCGUAUUCAUAAGAACUAUACAAGACUUAGCGCUAAGUGCAACUCCUGUAGUAAAAAAUGAAUUGGAUUUUGACGUUUACGCUUCUGAAUACCAAAUAACCUAAAACCAAAUUAGAAUAUUUUGUCACAUUUAUUUGUGACGAGAGUGAUAAAGACAAAACAUUUGUUAAGGCUAUAGGUAAAAUAAUAUUAACAAUGACCAUUUGGGAAUUAUGUAAGCAUUAUUUCAAAGUAAAUAAUAAUUGGUUUAUGUAAUAUUGAUUAUCUGUAGUUCAGUCGGUCAGGUGAUGCAAUAAAUGAAUUUUGUGAAUCAGAAAUAAUUAGUACAAGUUAUAUCAAUGUUUACGUUAAAUACUUACAAUUUAGUAAUAACAUUCAUAAAAUCUAAUUCACUUUCGUCUCUUUCUGUCAAAUGGUAUUUACGCUGUGAUGAAAAGAGACUAAGUCCUAGGGGAUUUUCUGCGGUUGACAUUAUUUAAUUAAUUAGAUUACAAAAUCUGUACUUAAUAUUAAAAUUGUAAAUAUUAUGUAAGCGAUCUAGUAUUAUAGCUCUAAGUAAAUAGUGAGAAUAAAUAAUGUUAAGUA